CCGUGAUUGUCAGGACAUGAACCUGUGGAAAGUUUAACCCCUCCGGCGCCGGAGGCUUCUGACAGCGCCCACGUGAUGCUGGUGGUGAUGAAGGGGCAUUCCCCGACCAUCUGUGUUUUGCAUUAGGUUUGGAACGUAGUCAAGUACAACGUAAACUUCCUGAGGCCCCCCUUCCUGUAAUGAGGGGAGGAGAUAAAGGGACCUGGGUAUUAUCUCCCUAUACACAGCCCAACCAGGACUAUGAGUAUUGAUCAGUAACUGAGAGAUAAAUUCCACCGUGUACACAAGCUGCGGAGUGCGCCCGUCCUCAUCAUCAUGGCUGUGGAGCCCUGGGUUCUUCUCAACGAUGGCAACAGGAUCCCUGUUAUUGGAUUUGGGACAUUUGCCCCUGACAAGUUUCCUAAAAGCAUGGCGGAGGAGGCUACCAAGGUGGCCAUUGAAGCUGGGUACCGCCACGUGGACUGCGCCUACUUGUACGGCAAUGAGGUGGAAGUGGGCCGCGCCAUUAGGGAGAAGAUUGCAGAUGGGACCGUGAGAAGAGAAGACUUGUUCUUUACCGGAAAACUGUGGAGCACCUUCCACUCUCCAGACCUGGUUCGUCCGGCUCUGGAGAAAUCCCUAAAGAACCUACAGAUGGAUUAUCUGGAUCUUUUCCUCAUUCACAUCCCGCUGGAUUUUAAGCCUGGAGAGGACCUGGUGCCUGUGGAUGAGAAUGGGAAAUACCUGUAUAACAACACAGACCUGCGUGACACCUGGGAGGCUAUGGAGCGGUGUAAGGACGCCGGACUGGUGAAAUCUAUAGGCGUGUCCAACUUUAACCGCAGGCAGCUGGAGCUGAUCCUGAAUAAGCCGGGACUGAAACAGAAACCCGUCUGUAAUCAGGUAGAAUGUCACCUAUACCUGAACCAAAGCAAGCUGCUGGCGUUCUGCAAGUCACAUGACAUCGUUCUGGUUGCGUAUAGCGCCUUGGGGUCAAGCCGGGAUGACACAUGGGGGAUAGGUAAGGACGCCCCUGUACUCCUGGAGGACCCCAUACUCAACGCAAUAGCGGAUAAGCUGGGCCGGACCCCCGCCCAGGUGGCAAUGCGGUACCUGCUGCAGAGGGGGAUUGUUGUACUAGCGAAGAGCUUCACCCCGGCCAGGAUCAAGCAGAAUUUACAGGUUCUGGAUUUUCAGCUCUCAGAAGAAGACAUGACCUCUCUGGACGGGCUCAAUAAAAAUCUCCGCUACGACAGCAUGCCCAUGUGGAAGGAUCAUCCGAAAUAUCCGUACCAUGAUGAAUAUUAGAGAAGACACUGCUAAGAAUAAAAUCUUAAAUAAAACUAUGGACCGUGUUCUGUUACUUCCUGUCUUCUUAAAGGGCAACUCCACCAUUCGGAAGAUUAAAGGGGCACUCCACUGGAAUUUUUUUUUUUUAA